UGAUUUGAUCUACGGAAACCAGCAAGUAGAUUGCCGCGUGGAGACGAAACAGCGACGUGAAGAGAGCAGGAACUCUAAAUCUUCGUCCUCCGGAUUCUGGAGCGAUUGAGGAAGCCUUUCUACUUCAAAGUUCUUCACAAAUUCUUUCGGUUCAUUUCUGCUUCUCAUAUUUCCGUCUCAAUCUCUCUGGUUUAUCGACUUUUGAAGAUCGAGAGAGGAUUCUUGUUUCUUAGCGUCAACAAUGUUUAACAGGCUUUUUGGUAAACCUAAACAAGAAGCCAAUGCUUUGGCUACGUUAGAGAAGCUAAGCGAGACGCUUGAAAUGCUGGAGAAGAAAGAGAACGUUCUUGUAAAGAAGGCAUCUGCAGAGGUUGAAAAAGCUAAAGAGUUCACAAGAGUGAAGAAUAAACGAGCGGCCAUACAAUGUUUGAAGAGAAAGAGACUCUACGAACAGCAAGUAGAGCAGCUUGGAAAUUUUCAAUUGCGUAUCCACGAUCAGAUGAUUAUGUUAGAAGGCGCUAAAGCUACGACGGAAACUGUCGAUGCUUUGAGAACAGGAGCAUCUGCUAUGAAGGCAAUGCAGAAAGCAACAAAUAUUGAUGAUGUGGACAAGACGAUGGAUGAUAUUAAUGAGCAGACGGAGAAUAUGAAACAGAUACAGGAAGCGCUAUCAACUCCAAUUGGUGCUGCAGCUGACUUCGACGAGGAUGAAUUGGAGGCGGAACUUGAAGAGCUGGAAAGUGCGGAGUUGGAAGAGCAACUUCUCCAACCGGCGUCAACAACUCCUGCUGCGCCCGUUUCCAUCCCGUCAGGCCGGGUACCUGCACGCCCUGUUCCUCAGAAGAGAACUGCUGAAGAAGACGAACUCACAGCUCUGCAAGCGGAGAUGGCCCUCUAAUCAGAUUGUGCCAUACAAAGAAGCUUACGAUGGCCGUUCGUUCAAAAUUGCAUACGAGCUAUUCUUCCCUGCCGGGUGAAGUUGUAUAUAAAGAACGCGAAAUAACUGUAAUCAUCCUUUAAAUCUUUUAUUUAUCUAUACUCUAUUUUGCAGUGAAUGCAAACAUUGUGGUCAUUUAAAAUUUAA